AUGACUGAUGGAAAUUACUCAUUGGUAAUGGAAUUUACCCUCCAGGGUUUAACCAGCUUGCCAGAAUUUCAGUUCCCUCUCUUCUUCCUAUUCCUAGGGAUCUACCUGGUUACUGUGGUGGCCAAUCUGGGCUUGAUCACAUUAAUUUCAUUAAAUGCACACCUUCACACACCCAUGUAUUAUUUCCUCUUUAAUCUAUCUUUCAUAGAUAUAGGUUACUCUUCUGUCUUCACACCCAAAAUGCUGAUGAACUUUGUACUGGAGAAAAACAUCAUCUCCUAUACAGGGUGCCUGACUCAGCUUUACUUCUUCUGUUUCUUUGUCAUUGCUGAGUGCUGUAUUUUGACAGCAAUGGCAUAUGAUCACUAUGUUGCUAUUUGCAAGCCAUUGCUAUAUAAUGUUAUAUUAUCUCCUCGUAUAUAUUCUCUGUUUGUGUUUGGGUCAUAUGUGAUGGGAUGUUGGGGUUCCCUAGCCCAUAUUCUCUGUAUGGCAAGACUGACCUUCUGUGAUGCCACAGUCAUCAACCAUUACCUGUGUGACAUCCUCCCUGUGCUGCAGCUCUCCUGCACCAGCACUUAUGUCAAUGAGGUUGUGGUCUUUGUUCUCGUUGGAAUGAAUAUCUUGGUGUCCACAAGCACCACUUUCAUCUCCUAUGCUUUCAUCAUCUCCAACAUCCUCCACAUCAGCUCCACUGAGGGAAGGUCCAAAGCCUUCAGCACCUGCAGUUCCCACAUAAUGACUGUUUCUCUUUUCUUUGGAGCAGCUUCAUUCAUGUACGUCCAACCCUCUGAUGCAGAGUCUAUGGAUCAUGGGAAAGUGGCCUCAGUGUUUUAUACAAAUGUAGGACCCAUGCUGAAUCCUUUGAUCUACAGUUUGAGGAAUAAGGAUGUCAGACUUGCUCUAAGGAAAACUCUGAAAGGAAACGUGUUUUCCUGA